AUGCCGGCACACGCACAUAACAAUCGACGUCGUAGACAACGGCGUUCCAUGGGUACAACCCUGGUGACGACGGCUGUAGUCGGGUAUGGUGCAUAUCGACUGGCCGAAUGGCUAUGGAGCUCGGACGAGGAUGACAAUCAUCAUGAUGAUCCUGAGGAAGAAGGAAUCUUUUCUGCAUUGGGCAGCUGGAUGUCAUCUACAAUGAUGAGAAACUCGUGGGGACAACAACAACAACAGCAACGGUAUUCACCAUCGUCACCUCAGCAGCAGCCAAGAUUAGAUCCUCGAACCCAGUGGAAGCUUCGUCGACAACGAGUCUUUAAGUGUCGAGAAGAAAGCAUCAAGGCGUGUCAAACUUGUUGGCCAGCCUUGACGGAGAACAUUGAAGAAAUGACCAACACAUCCGCUGCCAUGCGCAAAUUAAGGGACCUGAGAGCUUCCAAAGAUGGUCAUAGUGACGAUUUGUGGAAGGAAAUUUAUGUGGAGACACUGACGCGCUUUUUGAGUUGUGUGUAUGCCCACGGACUAUGGUUCAGUAUGAGCACGGUCCAGAUACACUAUGUUGGGGGGCGAAUGUUUCGUCAGGUACCGCCCUUGGAGGAUGACGAAAAAUCCAUGCUGACAGAAUCACAUCAAUACAUGCUUCAGCACGGCUUGAACCGGUUGGUUCCCAUGAUUCGAAAGACAAUCCUUCCCUUUAUUGACGAAUGGAAAGCAACGACCACUAUUUCCAAAAUUGAGCUGCAUCAACUUAUUCGAAAAGUCCAAAGUACGAUCGAUGCCACCUUUUCGACGCAAAACAACAACAAGUACGCCAGGAAUUGGAUCCGGUUCGUCUUGCCGGACGAUUCCGUGGACGAGGUUUGGGACAUUUGCCAAAGCCCCGUAUGGGACGACGCGCACAGUCACUUGCUCAAUGAUACUAUUGACAUAUUGCUAUCGUCGCCAGAAGAGAAUGGAGAGGAAGAAAUUGCGGUUGCCAAGCACAUGGCUCCGCUCAAAAAGUCCUGUCCGAAGCUUUCCCUACCUGAAAAUUAUCAGAGAUGGAUUGCCAUGCCAGCAAUGUUGGAGCUCGGGGACGUUAGCUUUCAAUAA